AUGGAUUCAAUCGUCUCUAAAGUGCGCGUUGAGCUCGUUGACCUUGCUGCAACUUAUGCAGCUGACAAGCACGAAAAUGUUACGAUUAGUCUGAUUUCUGACUUCCAGCGAGCCUUAUUCACUAUCCUCGACGAGGGUAUCCGAAUUAAGGACCUUGAACAGUCCAAGGAGCUUAGAGACGAAAUGAUCUACCUGUUCGAGGAUGAAUAUCCAACAGAACCUGCAUGGCCGUAUCUCAACCAAUUGAAGAAGCAGGAUAGGUGUUUUGCUGAGUUAGGCUGUAGAUUUAAGCACGGAGCAGCGCUCUAUAAGUCUUCUUCUUGCCAGGAACACUUUGUGUGCGAGAAUCACAAGUCAAGUCCUUGUAUUGCAAAACACGGGAAAGUAGCAGGUCAGAAACACCAGGACGACAAUGAUACGAAAAAUAUGAGAAAGACAGCUCUAGAUAUAGCAAGUGCGAGCACAGAGCACUUAAUUGGAGGAGAGCCAGGCAAUAUAAUGCUUGGAAAUAAGAAGUCAGACGAAACGAAUACAGAGAGAAGGCUUCUAGGUACUGGAGGCCUAGAUAACGAGAAACCACCCAAGCCUGUAGUGAAAGACUCCGUAAGCAUGGCAAAGCCCUCUGAAGAUUUUUAUUAUUCUUGGGCAAAUGACUUCCACUAUAAUACAGACAGUUCGUCCAGCGAUGGGAGCGAACUGGACGAUGAUGUUGUGAACGGAGAAGAGAAGAAUUGGGAGAACGCAGAUAUUGGAAGAUAG